AUGGCGGGCUUCAUGAAGAAGCUGAGGAGCGCCAGUACUGGCGCUUCGACUGCUACCAAAGACCCAACGCUUAAAUCCAAAAAGGACGAACCUCCACAAGAAUUGACGCCACUGGAGAAAAUGCUACAAAAUGCAGGGCCGGUGCGGAGCGACGGGAGCGACAAGUUCUUUGGUCUUGAGAAUUUCGGCAACACAUGUUACUGUAACUCCAUCGUACAGGCGCUCUACUACUGUGAGACCUUCCGCACUAAUGUUGUGAGCUAUCCACCGCACACGCCCGUAGGCACGCCGAACGGACAGACAAGCCAGGUCAAAGUCACCAUCAGACCACCGAUGAACGGAAGUGCCACCAACCCGGCAAACAAGCAAAAGCCGUUGACGGCCACCCAGGCCUUGAAGCAGAGGCAGCAGGUCGGUGCCGGUCAAUUACCACCAGGGCAGCAGAAGCCAGAAGACAGACCGGAUUCCCCUGAGUACAAGAAAAAGCAGGCCAUGAUCAAGGGACCGGUAUUAGAACUGGCACAGGACAACACCGAGGCUUACGGCAUGGAGGAAUGCACAUUCACGGGGCUGAAAGACAUCUUCACGGCCCUGAUCGAGAGUAACACACGGACAGGCGUCCUAAGCCCCCAGCGAUUUCUCGAAAUUUUCAAACGCGAUAAUGAAAAUUUCCGGAACCAGAACCACCAGGAUGCACACGAGUUCUAUGGUCUCGUGCUGAACGACGUCAUAUCGAGCGUGGAAGCCAAUGCAAUGCGGUUGCAGGAUCUGGAGACGACAAAUGCAAAUGGAUAUGCCAACUCCGUUGGAAACGCCAUCGGAGCCUCGGCCGCAUUGAUGAAGGCCCAGCAAGCGAUAGGCACGACAUCUCCCGGGACUGGUUGGGUCCAUGAUAUUUUCGAAGGUGUUUUGACGUCAGAAACGAAGUGUUUAUCCUGCGAGACAACCUCGCAACGAGACGAAACGUUCCUAGACCUUUCUAUUGACCUCGAGGAGCAUUCAUCAGUCACGGCGUGCUUGAGGAAAUUCUCUGACGAGGAGAUGCUCUGUGAGCGGAACAAGUUCCACUGCGACCAGUGCGGUGGCUUGCAAGAAGCUGAGAAGAGGAUGAAAAUCAAGAAGCUGCCAAAGGUCUUGGCUCUUCACCUGAAGCGUUUUAAGUACACCGAAGAUUUCACUCGACUGCAGAAACUUUUCCAUCGAGUGGUUUACCCGUAUCACUUGCGUAUGUUUAAUACGACGGAUGACGCCGAGGAUCCCGACCGGUUGUACGAGCUGUACGCCGUCGUUGUGCAUAUAGGAGGAAACGCUUACCAUGGACACUAUGUGUCCAUCAUCAAAACGCCGGAUCGAGGAUGGCUCCUGUUCGAUGAUGAGAUGGUAGAGCCGGUGGACAAGCAUUUCGUCCGGAACUUCUUCGGAGACAAGCCCGGCAUGGCUUGCGCAUACGUGCUGUUCUACCAGGAAACCACACAUGAGAAGGUCAUGGCUGAACAAGAGGCGGAGGGCCUCGAGGAAGUCCGACUAGAGCGCGAGAAGGCCGACUUGGCACUGGACCGCGUGAAGACGAAUGGAGAGCCGAAAUCACCUCUGGUCAGGCAGCUCACCACACCUGUCUCGCCGAUAGAUGACAAGGACAACUUCAUCACGUUGGAUCACGCGAGGACUGCGCCCGGCAUCUUCGACCACGCACCCCCAGUACCACCUAUUCCGGAAAACAUACCCGAGCCAAUACAAACACAUCCGCUGAACGCCGCACCGCCACCAGCACCAGCCGUCGAGCCCCAAACCCCUGUCACCUCUGCGACUCACCCAGAGGACGCCCAGACGCCGAAGCAGAUCAAGGAGGACAAGAAAUUAGAAAAGAAGGAGCUCAAGGCCGCCGAGAAGGCACGCAAGGUUGCCGAGAAGGAAGCCGCCAAGGAGGAGGAGAAGCGACGCAAGGAAAAUGCCAAACGCAUCCUCGAGGCACGCAGAACCAACGAAGAGGAGUUGCAGAAAGCGCUGGCCGAAAGCAGGGCGGCGGCAGCGGAGGACGAGAAGAAGCGCAGGAAGGAAAGCAAGGAUAUGGGUGCGUCGAGUCCAGUUGUCCCGGCUAGCGCAAGCCCCAAGUUCCUAAGCCGAGGGCACAAAGGGAGCAAAUCACUGAGCCGCAAGUCCAUGGGCUGGCUAGCAGGGAGCUCCAAGGACAAGGACAAGGACAAGAACAAGGAUGACAAGAUCCAGAAGCCAGGCAGUAGCCCGUCGGAAGGGGGCGAUGUUAAUGGCAGUGAGGCGAGGACCUCGUCCAACGCGGACCGUCCUGAGAAGCAUGCUCUCAAGGAGCGUUUUAGCAUCAGCGGCAUUGGGAGGAAAAAGAGCAAUGUCUUUUCGUAG